AUGGAAGGUAUCACUCAUCCUAUACCUCGAACUGUCGAAGAGGUCUUUAGCGACUUCAGAGGUCGACGAGCUGGUCUGAUUAAGGCUCUCACAAACGAUAUGGUGAAGUUUUACCAAACUUGCGAUCCUGAGAAAGAGAACUUGUGCCUGUACGGACUUCCAAAUGAGACGUGGGAGGUUAAUCUUCCUGUCGAGGAAGUCCCUCCCGAGCUCCCCGAACCGGCUCUAGGCAUCAACUUCGCGAGAGACGGGAUGCAAGAAAAGGACUGGGUGUCUCUCGUCGCUGUUCACAGUGAUUCGUGGCUGCUUUCCGUUGCGUUCUACUUUGGUGCACGCUUUGGGUUUGGUAAGAAUGAGAGGAAGAGACUCUUCCAGAUGAUAAACGAGCUCCCAACCAUAUUCGAGGUUGUGACUGGCAAUGCAAAGCAAUCCAAGGAUCAUUCUGGUAACAACAACAUUAGCAGAACCAAAACUAGCGGCGUCAAGUCUCGCCAAUCUGAAUCUCUCACAAAGGUUCCAAAGAUGUCAUCUCCACCGCCUAAAGACGAGGACGAGAGUGAUGAUGAGGACGAAGACGAUGAGCAAGGUGCGGUUUGUGGCGCUUGUGGAGACAGCUACGGCACUGACGAGUUCUGGAUUUGCUGCGACGCUUGUGAGAAAUGGUUCCAUGGAAAGUGUGUGAAGAUAACGCCAGCGAAAGCAGAGCACAUCAAGCACUACAAAUGCCCAAGUUGCAGUAACAAGAGAGCUAGACCUUGA